AAUUGUUUUUUGACAUUUUUGGGAAAAAAACCCAUUUUUUUAAUGGACUGAAAUGGACUCAUUGUUCUAAAAAACUUUUGAUGGUUUUAAGGAUUGAAUGGGAUUUGCUUUAUUUAUAUGUGGGUUUUGUUUGUUUUUUGUUUGUUUUUUUCUAAUGUAAUGGGUGUGUUGGUGAAGAUUCAGACAAAAUGUGAUUUCUGCAAUUUGCAGAGAUAUAGAAUUCUUUUUUCUGGAUUUCGUUUCAGAAUAAUUAGAAAAAAAAAAGGAAAAAAGUACUUGCUUAGCUUACUCCAUUGAUUGUUUCCCACUUGUUUUCUUUAUCUUUGUUAAUAUUGAGUUAAUACCUGCUUUUGAACAUUGAAUGGGCUCCUGUGUUUGUUGUAACUUGUGAAACCCUCUCUCUCUUUUCUCUCUCUCUUCUCCAUCUCCCUCUUUUAUUUCCUGUUCUUUGUCGAUUCUUUAUAGGGUCUUCAGUGUAAAAACCCUCAGGGUUGAACUGGGUUUUUGUUCUUGGGUGUUAUUGACUCCAAUAUAGCUCCUCACUUCAAAAGUUUCAAGAUUGAGAUAUGAGUUUUUGAUUUUUGGGUUCAAAGAUGAAACCAGGAUAAGGAAAACUCCUCCCAAGCUCAAAUUUUCUCCUCCAUGGAGACCAUGACUUCAUCUUCACUCCCCCUCCCUCGAGAAGCAUCAACUUAUGAUGAGGUUUCUAUGGAGCAGAGCCUCCUGUUCUCAGAUAGUCUCAAGGAUUUGAAGAAUCUGAGAUCACAGUUGUACUCAGCAGCUGAGUAUUUUGAGCUAUCCUACACCAAUGAUGACCAAAAACAGAUAGUGAUGGAGACAUUGAAAGAGUACGCCAUUAAAGCUCUUGUGAAUACUGUGGACCAUCUGGGUUCUGUGACAUACAAGGUGAACGAUCUCUUAGAUGAAAAGGUUGAUGAAGUUUCCGGUACAGAGCUUCGAGUAUCUUGCAUUGAACAGAGACUGCGGACGUGCCAUGAAUAUAUGGAUCAUGAGGGCGUCUCCCAACAGUCACUGGUGAUUGAUACACCCAAGUACCACAAACGAUACAUCUUGCCAGUUGGGGAAACCAUGAAUGGUGGCAGAACUAAAUCGAAGUACCAGGGACGCAGCCUGGAUGAUGAAGAUGACUGGCAUCAAUUUAGGAAUGCUGUUCGUGCCACAAUUAUAGACACCCCAUCAUCUUCAUUCAGAAAAGGGAAUUCACCAUCACCUUCUCCACGGCUUUCUCGGCCAGCAACCUUUUCCUUCACUGGCACCAUGCCCAGAAAAGAUCUAGAGAAGCGGGCAGUUUCACCUCAUCGGUUUCCUCUUUUACGAUCUGGGUCUGUCUCUAGUAGGCCAACCACUCCAAACUCGAGCAGACCGACUACUCCCAACACUGCUGCUGCAAGACGGUACCCUUCUGAACCAAGAAAGUCAGCUUCAAUGCGGCUCCAUCCUGAAAGGGAGAACCCCAAAGAUAUGGAGCAAUACCCCAGCAAGAGUAAACGGCUCCUCAAGGCAUUGCUCAGCCGACGCAAGUCGAAGAAAGAUGAGAUGCUAUAUACUUACUUGGAUGAAUACUGAGAUGAUAGAUAAUAAAGGAAGACAGAAAAGAAACCAUGGAAGCCAGAGGGAGUCACUGCAGACUUCCAUUUUUCAAUAUCUUCUAUGAUGCACAAUGUAUUUUACCAAUUGACGUUAUAUGAAAUUGCUUCCAGCUAUUGUUUAAAGUUCUACCAAAGGUUGAUCAUUUCUUGUUUUUUCGAUAUUAAAUGGCAGGGUUGAGCUUGAUGGUGA